AUGUCGACAUCUGAUCUAGAAACACCCGGCGCUCUCCCCCACGGCGACAAGCAUAUAUGCCUCAUCGGCCUCGGGGCGAUAGGGAUGUCCUUCCUCGCCCUGCACCUGACAUACACAUCUGCGCGAGUGUCGGUGUAUGACCCUCGGCCGGAUCUCCAGGAACAUCUCGAGUCAGUAUUGCCGCUGUACCUGCCGUCCUCGUGGUCGCCUUCCACUAUUGGUUCUACGAUGACGACGACGACGACGACGACGACGGCAUCCGUCGUGUCCGAGCUGCUCUCCAGCAAGAGGCUGGUCAUGCACUCCAGCCUCGCGUCGGCCGUGCAAGAGGCCACCAUCAUCCAGGAACAGGGACCCGAACACCUCCCGUUCAAACAGUCGACGUGGUCCGAAGUCAUCAAGCACGCGCCGCCCACGGCGCAUCUGUGGUCCUCGACGUCCGGCAUCCCCGCGAGCCAGCAGCUGUCUCACCUCGCGGCCGGGGACGCCGCCAAGCGCAAGCUCCUGGUCGUCCACCCGUUCAACCCUCCUCACAUCAUGCCGCUGCUGGAACUGGUCCCUUCCCCCGACACAGCGGAGCGGGAACUGGGGUUUGCCCGCGACUACUUCGCCUCGCUGGGGUCGGGACACAGGCCGAUCACGAUCCACAAGGAGAGCGCCGGGUUCGUCGCGAAUCGUCUGGCCUUCAUCCUGUUUCGGGAGGCGUGCCACCUGGUCAGCGAGGGCGUGGCGAGCGCGGAGGAGGUCGACGAGAUCGUGCGCGCGAGUCUGGGCCCACGCUGGGCCGUCGCGGGCCCGUUCAAGAUGUACGCGUUCGGCGGCGGCAAGAGGGGCAUGGCUGGGUUCCUGGACAACAUAGGCGAGGCGAUCGACGGGGUGUGGAACGACGCCGGGGCCAUCACGAUGGGCGAGGAAGGGUGGAAGAAGACCGUGGUCCGGCAGACGGACGAAGCGUACGGGACCCUGGGGCCCGAGGAGAUCAGGGGUCGCGACGAAGCGCUGAGAAGGAUUGUGAGAGUGCAGGAGGACUUGACCGGUGAGAAACAAAGCUAG